AUGGUUGUGAUGCGACCUAUGUUUGGUGCAUUUGGAAAGGCUGGAAGUUCCAAUUCAAUUGCAUUUGUGAGCAAGGCUGCUAAAGAAGCUGGUGUUGCAAUGGAGUACAAAUUAGAAAAGAGGGUGGAAGCUGUUAGCGGUGUUCGCUGUUUGACAAAGCUUGACAUGAAGCUCAAUGAUGCUCUUCCGAAAAUAGAAGUCGACCCUGAGACCUACACAGUGACUGCCGAUGGAGAGGUAUUGACAUGCCAACCAGCACCCACGGUACCACUGUCUCGGAAUUACUUCCUAUUCUAG